ACCUACAACUCACCUACAAGUACAUCUAUCAACUCAUCUACAAAACGUCUCACCGUCAUGUACAUUCGCGCCGCCCACGCAGAGCGAGACCUCCGCGUCCUUCGGCAAUUAAUCCGGGACAAUCCCCUGGGGAUGUUCACCACUGCGAUCCCGUCUUCUUCGGGGACCUUUCCGUUGCUGCAAAGCAGUCAUGUCCCAUUUGUGCUUGACGUGGAAGACGAGUCGAGCGAGACCGAAACGGGGCGUCUGAGGGGUCAUUUGGCCCGACAGAAUCCGCAGAGUAAGGCGAUUAUUGAUGAUGAUAAUCAGCAGCAGCAAACACCAAAGAAUGUCCUCGAGCAAGAAGUCCUCGUAGUCUUCACCUCUCCGCACCACCACUACGUGACCCCGCAAUUCUACACCGAGACCAAACCGGCGACGGCCAAAGUGGUGCCGACAUGGAACUACGCCGCGGCGCAGGUGUACGGGCGGGCAAAAAUAUAUUUCGACGCUGCAUGCGACGAGACGUCAGCGUUUUUGGGGAAACAGAUUAGCGACCUGACGCGGCACAGCGAGACGAGGAUUAUGGGAUACACGGCGGGCAAGAACGACUGGAAAGUGAGCGAUGCGCCGGAGCGAUAUGUGGAGCUGUUGAAGAAGAACAUUAUCGGGAUCGAGAUUGAGGUUGAUCGCCUUGAGGGGAAAUUCAAGAUGAGCCAGGAAAUGGGCAAGGGUGAUAGAGAAGGGAUCAUUCAGGGCUUCGAGAAUCUGCAGACCGAGACGGGGAAAGUGAUAGCCGAGGUGGUCAAGCAGCGCGGUGAGCAAAAGGAUCAACAAAAGGGCUAG